GCGCGCACCACAACCGGAAACGCGUUCCGCUGGUAAACAAUAAAAAGAGUGAAUACGUGUUUCCAUAAAUAAAUGAAGAGUGUGUGUGUGUGUGUUGAAGUUUGAGUACAAUGUCUAAAGGAGACCUCCUGCGGGGCUUUGUGACGGAGACUCUCGCCGCCGCCUCCCGGGAGAUUUUAGCGGCUGUGGACAGAAUCGUAUCCGGGUAUGAGGAGGAGGCUUCGGGCUUCAGGCAGGAGAUCGAGCGGCAGAGGAGACAGCUGGAGGUUCUCCCGCAGCCUCGGGUCGCACUCAGCACAGCAGGUGUAAAGCGCAGCACUGCUGAGGAAGAGGAGGGUGAAGAUGAGGCGUCCUCUGAGCGCCCAGAGAACCAGGAAGACUCGACUAAUCAGAGGUCUUUCCCCCCCAGGGGCCAGUAUAAGAAGAGGAAACCUGGCAGACCUCAGAUCCGUGAACCACAGAACCAUGUAGAUCUCAGGCUCCGGAUCCUGGAGGACUCUCAGACCGACGUCCUCUCAAACAGUGUUCUAAGAAAAUGUCCGCUGCUGAAGCUGAAGUGCCCUCGAGGCCUGCAGGAGGCAGACUUUAUGGACUUGUUGAAGUCCACCUUCCCUCAGCUCUCCGCGGACGACAAACGUUUCGACAUCUUAAUGUCGGACAAGAGACGGAGAUUACGGCCUCUCAAGGUGAAGGCGGUGACAGCGGAGGAGCUCCACAGGAACGUCAGCGUCACGGGGUCGACGCUCUACAUCAGACUGAAGACACGAGAGGAACGUUGGGCCGGCAGGGAAGAGAUUCAUCAGACAGAAGACUCUCCCGCCGCCGCCGCCGCCGCCGCCAUGUUGACAAGUGGCGACCAAACUCGCAGCCCCGUUCAGGAAGUCGAAGGCAGCAGAGUCGGUGUCGUGUCCAACAGCUCGACAUCACAACGUGACACUGAAACAGAGGAAGCUAAAGAUGAUGAUGACGAGGAACCAGCAGCGGCCCGCUCUGCAGCGGAGAGUAAAGGUGGUAGUAGCGAUGAACAGGAAGAAGAGGCGAGAGACAGCGAGGACGAUUGGAAACCGGACAAGAGCAACGAGGAGCUGAAAGAACGAGACUCCAAACUGCAGCCGAGGAAACAAAAAGCCAGACGUUCCGGUAAGAACGGUGUCUUCGCUUUCUCCUGCAAAGUCUGCGGCGCUCUGCACGGAUCAGAAGUGGAGUUUGUCAAACACGCCUGGAGUCACGCGGACGAUCUGGGGCAUCUUUGCAGCGUGUGCGGCGAGCUCCCAGAGUCCGAGGAGGCGUUGAAGGAUCAUCUUCAAAGUCGCCAUAAAACUGACGACUGUCACAUCUGCGGAGAGUCCUUCCUCAGCGUUCUCAGCCUCAACGAACACGUGGCAGCGCACUCAGGGGAGAGACCGUACGAAUGUGACGCCUGCUGCGAUACGUUUGCGUUGAAGGUGUCACUGCAGAAUCACCAGAAACUCCACAAGGCCGGGAAGCUGCACAGAUGUUACACGUGUUAUGAAGUGUUUGAGCUGAAGGAACAGUUAAAGGUUCACUGCAGGACUCACAGCAACAAGAAGACGCACCUCUGCGGCAUCUGCGGUAAAUCCCUCAGCGAUUACAGGUCGUUAUCCCGCCACAUGAUGACCCACUCUGGGGAAAGACCUCACAGCUGUCAGGUUUGCGGGCGGCGUUUCAAACUCCCCGGGACGCUGAGACAACACGAGAAGAUUCACGCAGACAGAGAGAGAUCGUACCUCUGCGACGUUUGCUGCAAAAUGUUCCUGACGAGCAAGCAGCUGCAGAUCCACAUGAGGACGCACACCAACGAGAAGCCGUACCACUGCGGCGAGUGCGGGAAGGGAUUCACCACCAAGGGACCGCUGACCAUUCACAUGCGGGUCCACACCGGAGAGACGCCGUACCACUGCCCGGACUGCGGCUGGUCCUUCAAACGUAAGACUAACCUGGACGACCAUGUGAGAGUCCACUCGGGGCAGAAGCCGUUUCUUUGCGGGAUUUGUGGGAAAACGUGCGCUCGCAAAACGUACUUGACGGUCCACAUGAGGACGCACAACGGGGAGAGACCGUACAAGUGCACCCUGUGUGACAAAGCGUUUACUCAGAGCCACUGUCUGAAAACACACAUGAAGAGCCACUUGGUGGCAGAAACUGCGACGUGACACUGGACCAAUUUCACAUUUGGGGCCCAAAAAAGGCCAAAAGAAUCAUGUUGUUGGCGAUACAAAAGUGUGUGUGUGUGUGUGUGUGUGUGUGUGUGUGGGUGGGUGGGUGGACAAAAUGGCUCAACAGCGCCCCCCGAGGCACGUUUCAUCCAUAUGUAUGGAAAUCGGGGCAGGAUGUACAAAAAGUCUCUUGGACCCAAACCUAAUAGGAAGUCGACCAUUUUGAAUUUAUUGGUCAGUUUUGGAGAUUUGCACGUAUGUUAACAAACUCCUCGUAAGGAAUUUAUCGGACCGACGUGAAAUUUGGUCAGUGCAAUGUAAAGACUGUCCGCGGCUUGGCAUCAAAUUUCAACAUUUCGCCAUGAAACAGGAAGUUGUCGUUAUGUCACUGCACUUUAUUCAAUCUCCACCAAACUUCACAUGUCUGAUAAGAGUCCCACCUUGAACACAUCUACAUGCCAAUAUUCAAUUAUACUCGUAGCGCCACUGACUGGAAACAGGAAGUAUGUGUGGUCUACAUGGCGUAUGACAAAACCGGACUGUUCAUCGCGAGCUUUAAUUUUACUUUUUCUUCUUUAAAAAGAACUGUGAGUGUUUGAAUUAUUGUUUUAUUCUAUUUAAUGUAUUGUUUAAUGUUAAGUUAUAUAAAGGCCCCUAUUCACUGUGCUAUGACAAUCUUUUAAGUUAAUUUCAUCUCACACAGUUUUAAGGUCCUAGAGUCUAAUUCAAUAUGCUGGAAGUUUAAUUUUUGUUAAUUGUGAAAAAUAUAACUUGUACCGAUAAAGUCAUCCAUAUUGGUUGGUUAUUACAUAGUGCACCAUAUUAUUACAUUUUCAUCGUAAAAAAAAGUGAAACUCCUGCAUUUUAAUAACCACAAAAUGGGGGGAAAGGUAUUACAGAAAGCUUUUUAUUCCAAAUUUGGGUGUUAUUACAUAUUGCUGUGUACAUUUUUGGGAUGCUACUACAAUAAAACUACUCCGAUAACACUUUACAGCAGCGUGACGAAGCCUGGAGACAUUUAAUUAGUUAUAGUCAUUGUUAGAACUGUAUUGUUAUUAUUAAGUAUUUUUAUCGGUACUCAGCAAAUACCCAAAUGUAAGUACUCGUAUUUGGUCUGGAAAAAAAUUGGUAUUGGUCCACUGCUACAUAAUAACUCAAAUGUAUUACAUUUUGUUAAGUUAUUACAUAAUUCAGUGUUAUUACCUGUACCUGAAAUGGGCCAGCACUUCUCAUUAUUGUCCAUGUGUGAUUGCUUAACACAGAGAAAACAAUGCUGAAAAUGUCUCUGUUCAAAUAGAGAGAAAAUGUGAAUGAAUUAGUCUUAAGGUUAUGUUAAAUUAGAGUACUGGCAUCAUUUUGGUCCAAUUCAGGCACUGGUUAUUACAUAAUGUGUAAAAAUGUCAUCAUUUUAAGAAAUUUCGUCACCAGGAGCAACUUUUUGUACUAGAAAGCUUCAUGAAUACGACCCCUGAUCUCACUCAGCUCGAUCACCUCCAAAUGUGGUCCGACUGCAAUGUGUUCUUCACUCAUUUACAGAUCCCUUAUCAAAAUCAGGUUUAAACAUUUACUUUGCUCUCAGAAGCUGCUUCACACAUGAUUUAUUGGUAAUCAAUGAACUCUGCAGUUAUGAACCAAUCACACAGUACAACAGGGACACACAUUUGCAUUUGGCACACAGUCAAUCUGUUUUUAUUUUCUAAUUUGAAUACACAGUAGCUACCACCUGUGAGUGCUUUGGGAAAAAACACCUCUGCUUUGCAUUUUUCUUUGUAGUCUGUGCUCAUACACAUGAAACUGAUGUAUGACUAACACACCUUGUUACUUUUUAAACAUCAUUAAGAAGAUCAUCUUCAAAAUGUCAAAAUAUCACAAACAUUCACAAUUAAUAAUAAAUGAGCCUUUAUGUGUC